GUGUUAUCUUAAGUCAAGUCUUUAAUUCACUGGGUGAAUGUGUUUUUAAGGUUACAAGGAGCCAAUUGAAGAGCGGGGGGUCAGCUUUGCAAAUGAUGGCUCCAAUGUAUCUCUAAACGGCAGUGGACUACCCGAAACAGCAAAACAACGAAGCGCGAUGGUGCGGAAUGUGGAUGACCUUGACUUCUGCCUCCCAUCUCACCCUCAGAGCCUGCUGGAGGGUCUCCGAUCCCUGCGCUCCAACCCCAAGCUCUCUGAUGUCACCCUCCUAGUGGGUGGCCAGGAGUUCCUGUGUCACCGGAGCGUCCUGGCGCUUUGCAGCGUCUACUUCCAUGCCAUGUUCACGGGGGACUUUGUCGAGAGCAUCUCGGCACGGGUGGAGGUCAAGGAGGUGGACCCUGCAGUGAUGGGAAUGCUGAUUGACUUUGCCUACACGGGGAAGCUGACCAUCAACCAGCAGAAUGUAGAGUCCCUGACUCAGUCCUCCAAUCUAUUGCAGUUCAGCACCGUCCAGAAGGUAUGCAGCCGCUAUCUCCAGCAGCAGAUUGACCCCACAAACUGUCUGGGGAUCUACGAGUUCGGGGAGCUGUAUGGAUGUCCAGAGGUCAUCGCCAAAGCACGCUCCUUUCUCCUGGAGAACUUCGAGGCAGUGUCCCAAAGUGAGGAGUUCCUAUUGCUGGACAGCGAGCGGCUCUUGGGCUAUCUUGGUGCAGAGUUGCUGCAGGUCCAAGAGGAGCAGAGCCUGGUCCAGGCUCUCCUCCGAUGGAUACGAUAUGACGAGGCAGAGCGGAGUUGCUUCCUUCCCGAGCUCUUUGAGCUGGUUCACCUUCCACUGUUGUCAGUGGAGUAUCUGAGAGACCAGCUUUUGCCUGACAAAAUCAUUCAGGAGUCUGAAUACUGCAGAAAACGGAUCGAGGGAUUUCAUAACAAGACUGAAACAGAAGGAACUGUUAGGCAAAGACAUGACCCUGGCCUCAAGAAGCUGCAGGAGGUUCUGGUGGUCAUUGGAGGACAGGCAAUGGAUGACUCUGAUGAUGAUGAUGAUGAUGAAGAUAACCAGCUCCUGUCAAGAAACAGUGCUUUUUACAACAUCAGGACCAAGCACUGGUCCAUUCUCCCAGACUUCCCGGAUUACAACAAAUGGGGAUUUUCAGUCACAGCCUUAAACAAUGACGUCUACGUUACUGGAGGCUCCAGGGGCAGUAAGACUGACACAUGGUCAACAACCCAGGCCUGGAAAUUCCAUUCCAAAGAAGGGACCUGGAAACCCAUUGCUCCGAUGUUAAAGCCCAGAACCAACCACUCUACAGCAGCAUUAAAUGGAGAAAUCUACGCCAUCGGAGGUACCACUUUAGAUGUUGUGGAAGUGGAACAUUACGACCCGUACAAUAAUAGCUGGGCUCUGAUUGGUCCCACGGUGAAAUAUGUCACUAACUUCACUGUCACAGGGUGUGUGGGAAAGCUCUACGUGAUUGGUUCGUGUGCAGCCAAGUACAAUGUUCUCACUCUGCAGUGUUACAAUCCUGUAAUAGAUAACUGGAGUGUUAUUGCCUCUCCCUUCAUUCCCAAAUACCUCUCGGCUCCCCGGUGCGUCUCUGUUGAUGGAGUGAUUUACUUAAUUGGAGACAACACAAAGAAGGUUUACGCGUACGAUUCUGAGGCCAACAUGUGGCAGAAGGUUCAGCUGCUCCAUAAGUUACAUGAGAAUGGGGGCAUGGUAGUGAUUGCUGGGAAGAUCUAUGUUACUGGUGGUCACUGGAAGGGGAUGGAAGGAGACUACAGUGUGGAGUUGGAGGUGUACGAUUGUGUCAAGGAUGUGUGGACUAUCGAAGGCUUCCUGCCACGCCCCUGGCUUUAUCAUGGGUCUUGCUCCAUUUUCAUUGACACAUCCAGAUGGACUGAACUGUUUCCAGACAGCAACACCUAGAGAAACAUUCUGUAACUCUUCCUAGUCUGUGCACCCAAUUAAGGA